GAUAUAAAAUUAAUAAAGAGGGACUGAGUACUAGUGAGGCUAAAAUUAAAGCAAUUGUUGAAGCACCAAUUCAAACUAAUAUUACUCAGGAAAUAAAAAACUUUUUAACUUCUGCUCCUAUUUUAAUGCAUUUCAAUCCCAAUUAUAAGAUUAGUUUAGCAUGUGAUGCUAGUUCCUAUGGUGUAGGUGGUGUAAUUUCACAUAUUUUACCUAAUAAUGAAGAGAGACCUAUAGCAUAUACCUCUAGAACUUUAAAUGUUGCUGAACAGAAAUACUCUCAAAUUGAUAAGGAAGCACAUUUUAUUUUAAAAAGUGACAAUAAACCUCUUACUCAUAUUUUUCAUGAAAACAAAUGUCUACCACAAGUGGCUGCGAAUAGACUACAAAGGUAUGCCUUAUUUUUAGCAAAUUAUAAUUAUAGUAUUAAGUAUGUUAAAUCAACAGAAAAUUCAAGUGCGGAUGCUUUAUCUAGAUUAGCUAUUAAGAAUACAAAUCAUAAUGAAAUUGAUACCCCAUCUAUUCACUUUAUCAAUAGUUAUUUUCAAGGUAUAAACAAGGUUUUAAUUCAAAAAGAAACUGAAUCUGAUGAAAUUUUAAAAGAAAUUAAGCAAUAUGUUUUAACGGCUUCUUGUAAUACGUGUAGUAAAUUUAGGAAAGAGCCGGGCAAGUCCCCUUUGCAAGUGUGGGAGUAUCCUAGCGCUCCAGGUGAAAGGGUACAUGCUGAUUUUUUAGAAUUAAAUAGAAUUAUGUUUAUUCUAAUAAUUGAUCAAUAUUCGAAAUGGCCAGAAGUUAUAAAAAUGUCAUCUACUACUUCUUUCCAUACAAUAAAUAUUUUGAGGGAAUAUUUCGCUCGUUAUGGUAUUAGUAAAACCUUAGUCACUGAUAAUGGGCCACAAUGGACCUCAGAUGAAUUUCAGACAUUCAUUAUGAAUAAUUCUAUUAAACACAUAUUGACUCCUCCUUAUCACCCGCAGAGUAACGGGGCAGCAGAAAAUAUGGUUGGUAUUUUCAAGGACAAAAUAAAAAAAAUUUUAGACAAUGAAAAUAAUGUCAUACAGGCAUCAU